GCAUUAGUGUUUGACAUUAGCAUACACCCCACUUUGUGCACGUUCAAACUGAAUGGAAUGUUCCACUUAGGUCGUUCCGCGUGACUGGGGGAGUGAAUUUGGCGCUACCUAUUAAUAGAAUGGGAUACCCCAUUAGUCUGCAAGAUAAGUGUUUGCCCAGUCUGUGAAACUGAUUAGUUUGCGAAAAAUGGCGGCAGGGAGAGCGUAUCUCCUGGUUGUGCCGAUUUUAUUAUUUUAUCAAAAAAUUACAAAAGGGGAAGUUUUAACCCCUCCCUACUUUAACCUCGCCCAGGAAAGGAGGAUAUAUGCCAGUUCAACGUGUGGGGAGGAGGGACAGGAGUUGUACUGUCGUCUGACAGGGGCCAGCUCAGAAAAUGGGUUCGCUGACCCUUACAGGGAAAUAAUCCAGGGACAGUAUUGUGACGUGUGUGACCCCAGCAUCCGCGAGCAUCGCCACCCCCCGGAGUAUGCUAUCGACGGGACGGAGCGAUGGUGGCAGAGCCCGCCUCUGUCCCGGGGGAUGGAAUAUAACCAAGUCAACCUCACUAUCGACCUAGGACAGGAAUUCCAUGUUGCCUAUGUGUUCAUUAAGAUGGCUAACUCCCCCCGCCCGGGGGUGUGGGCUCUGGAGAGGUCUACAGACUUUGGCCAGUCCUGGCGAGCCUGGCAGUAUUUUGCGGACACACCCAGUGACUGUAUGAAGUUUUUCGGAGUACCUGCUGACCAAGAAAUCUAUUCUGAUGAUGCUGUCAUCUGCUCCACGGAAUUCUCCAAGAUCGUUCCUCUGGAAAAUGGAGAGAUUGUGGUGUCCCUUAUAAACAACCGCCCUAAUGCCCAGAACUUCACCUACGCCAACCAGCUACAACAAUGGACGAAAGCGACCAACGUCCGACUCAAGCUGCUGAGGACUAAGACAUUACUGGGGCAUUUAAUGGCUGUAGCUAGACAGGACCCCACCGUCACUCGCAGGUAUUUCUACAGCAUAAAGGAUAUUUCCAUCGGGGGUAGAUGUGUGUGUAAUGGCCAUGCCAACACGUGUGAUAGGAGUGACUCCAGCAACCCUAACCUACUGGUGUGUGCCUGCCAGCACAAUACGUGCGGAAACCAGUGCGACUCCUGCUGCCCUGGGUUUGUACAGAAGAAAUGGAAACCUGCCCGGGCUGACAAAAUCUUCAUGUGUGAACGUUGCCAGUGUUACGGCCAUUCUACGGAGUGUGUGUACGACGAGGAAGUAGAUCGCCUCGGUCUUAGUGUUGACACGUACGGUAACUACGAGGGAGGCGGAGUCUGUCAGAACUGUCAGCAUAAUACAUACGGUGUGAACUGUGAUAAAUGUGUAGCUGGCUACUACAGACCUUAUGGUGUGGCAAAGAAUGACACUAAUGCUUGUAGACCCUGUCAAUGUGACCUGAAUGUGUCCACUGGUGAGUGUGAGGAGGGGUCAGGGCGAUGUCUUUGUCGAGUGGAGUACACCGGCCUCAAUUGUGACAGAUGUGCCCCUGGGUAUGAGGGCUACCCCACUUGUGUCCCCUGUCAGUGUCACAUGAACGGUACAGAGGGCGCUGUCUGCUCCGUGGAUGGCCUCCCUUGUCCUUGUAAGGAGAAUUAUGCUGGAAACCGCUGUGACAUGUGUGCCUCUGGAUACUACAACUUCCCAGAAUGCACUCCCUGUCAGUGUGAUACGACCAAUGGAGGCUCCAUUGACAAUAACUGUGAUGUGGAGACUGGGCAAUGUACCUGUCAAUCUAACUUCGCCGGCAAGGAGUGCAACCAGUGUGCCCAUGGCUACUACAAUUACCCAGCAUGCACUGUGUGUGACUGUGACCCCUCGGGAACCUCUGAGGAGAUCUGUGAUAAAGAGACCGGUCAAUGUUUGUGUAAGGAGAGCUUCCAGUACCCUCGCUGUGAUCGCUGUGCCCCCGGAUAUUACAACUACCCCACUUGUCAAGAGUGUCAGUGUGCUGAGCCGGGCUCUAUAGAGAAAGUGUGUCGUGCUGAUGGACAGUGUCCGUGUCGCGCCAACUUUGGAGGACGGACGUGCAGCCGGUGUCACCCUGGCUUCUUCAGAUACCCCGACUGUUCACCCUGUAACUGUGACCGUUAUGGUUCAUUUGGUGAGACUUGUGAACAGCUGACUGGUCAGUGUGAGUGUCGGGCCACAUUUGACGGUUUGAGCUGCAGCAAGUGUAAGGAGGGCUUCUACAAUUACCCCAUGUGUGAAGAGUGUAACUGUAAUCCUGCGGGGGCUAAGCAGAUCCCUGGGUACCCCCUGGGAGGGUGUGGAGAGGUCAUCAAAGGUCAGCUGUGUGAGUGUAAGGAACGCGUGAUGGGGAGGAUAUGUGACCAGUGUAUGCCGGGAUAUUACAACCUGGACAGAAACAAUCCUCUGGGAUGUGAUGAAUGCUCCUGUUAUGCUCCGGGUACAGUGGCAGGUCUAAACAUGUGUCACUCAGGUACUGGUCAGUGUACCUGUAAACUGGACGUGGUUGGACGACGAUGUGACACGUGUGCCAGUGGAUUCUUUGGACUGUCAGACGCCAAUCCAUUUGGCUGCACAGAGUGUGACUGUGACAGUGGUGGAUCCAUCAAUUUGAGGUGUGAGCAGAGAACAGGACAGUGUCCUUGUAAACCACGAGUCGGGGGACGCAGAUGUGACAUACCUGAGAAGAACCACUUUUACCCCACCCUCCAGCAGUUUAAGUAUGAGAUCGAGGAUGGAAUGACUCCUGAGGGUUCCAGAAUCAGAUAUGGUUUUGAUGAGACUUAUUUCCCAAACUUCUCCUGGAGAGGAUACGCAAUUCUCACAGCUAUCCAGCCUGAAGUGGAAAUGGACAUUCAAAUAAAGAAGCCGAGUUUGUACCGCCUGAUCCUCCGCUACGUGAACGUUAACGACAAGGUGCUGCGUGGACAGGUGAUGUUAAAACCCCAGAACCCGACGGACGUGACUCAGAACAGCGAGGUCUUCUUCCAGGUGGCCACAGAUCCGAUGUUUGUCACGGUGGGGAGUGGGCGGGACUACGAGUUUGUCCUCAAUCCCGGUCGCUGGAAAGUAUCCAUCAGUUCUCCCGACAUCCUGCUCCUGGACUACAUGGUGCUGGUACCAGAUGCGUACUAUGAAGCCACAGUUUUACAAGAGAAAGUGACCCGCCCCUGUAGUAUCCCCGGGGAUCAGGGACCGUGUGUAGUGUAUGAUUACCCUAACCUAGAGAAGUUCCCGAGUGUGAUUGGAGGUAAUGGAUUUGUGAUAGAUCGUAAUGGCAGUCGCUUCCCUACUCAGGUUUUCCCCAACCAGAUCAUUCUGGACGAGUUAGGAAUCCCCACCCUGGCCCAGCUCGACAACACUCAGAGGGAGUUGAACCUGAACCUGACCGUGCCCCGCCCUGGGGAUUACGUGCUCGUGUUUAAUUACUUUGCCCUGUCCAACAGAACACAGGAGUUAGACGUUAUUGCUAAUGUUGAUGGAACGACCACCACUGGAACUGUUCUCUUGUACAGCUGUAAAUACAGUGUGCUGUGUAGACAGGUGAUGAAGAAUAUUGAUGACAUGCCCUCAGUUAUAAGUGUUAAUGACGUCGUACAAAUCCAGGUCACCGGCGAUGAAAACAUUGAUGUCGCCAUUGGUUCUGUGGUUGCCAUUCCUUAUGAUGAGUGGUCGCUAGGAUACAUCCGACCCAGCAUCAUCUGUAUCCGCAUUAAUGGAAUAUGUGUGACCUCUGGAUACACAAUUCCUUCUGGUGGAGUUAGACUGGACUUUGAAGAUCCUCCAAAUGAUAAUUUGGUCGCCACCACAUUACCUAACUACAUUACUGAUACUGGACUCAUAGAACUCAACAACACCAAUAGAAUUGUGGAGCUGAAUGGAAUCAUCAGACACCCAGGGCAGUAUGUGAUCUUUGUUCACUUUUACAUGCCAUCAGAGGCAGGGGCUGACCUUCCUGUGACCUUGCAGACAGACGGGUUCCCUCCAAUCUCAGGAACCUUCAAGCCGCGGUUUUGUCCCACGGUGUCCGGAUGCCGUAGUCAGAUUGUGUUUGACGGAACCGUUAGGAACGUCAUCUCACUGCAGCCAGGAAACUUCUCCAUCUUGUUCAACAAUACCAUGGGUCGAAAUGUCCUGCUGGACUACCUGAUGGUGGUACCUGUACAGCAGUUCUCUCCAUCAGAUUUGAACCUGCAGCGCAUUGACAACUCGGCCAAGUUCCUACAGUGGUGUGUCGGGCCAGGAUUUGUCCUUGUCAAUGACACCGAGUUCUGUCGUUCUGGAGUCUACACGAUUACGACAGACUUUAACAAUGGUGGACUGGCUUGUGGCUGUGACACGGACGGGUCGCUAAGCUUCGAGUGUUCUAACUUUGGAGGACAGUGUCAAUGUCGGGACAAUGUGAUUGGUCAGAAGUGUACACAAUGUCGCGAGGGCUACUACGGGUUCCCACGUUGUAAACCUUGUAACAACUGUCCAUAUGGUAUGUGUAACCCGGUGACUGGAGAUUGCAUGUGCCCCCCUCGAGUGAUGGGGGAAAGGUGUAAUACCUGUGUGCCUGCUACCUACGGUUUUGAUCCUCUAGUUGGAUGCACUGACUGUAAGUGUAAUGCUGAGGGAGUUCUGAAUGAGGACAUGAACUGUGAUCAGACCACGGGCCAGUGCACAUGUAAGGACAAUGUGGGAGGCCGUAAGUGUGAUUAUUGUCUGGCCGGCUUUUACUCCUUCCCGAACUGUGCUGAAUGUAGUAACUGUGAUAGCAAGGGAACCCAGGAGCAGAUCUGUGACACAAGCAAUGGAGCGUGUCUCUGUAAGGAGAAUGUAGCGGCCCCUGAUUGUAGUAGUUGUGAGUCUGGCAGCUUUUACCUGGAUCCACGGAACCCUAAAGGCUGUACCAGGUGUUUCUGUUUCGGGACAACAACCCGCUGUGACAGCUCUGUAUUUGUCUGGGCCCAGCACCAAGACAUGCUGGGUUGGGAUGUAACUAACACUGCGGAGGAGUCCCUGAGGGAGUCCCAGACAAUUAUAGCUGUCCUGGAGGCGGACACCAAAAUCACGGACCCUAAUCAGGCCAUGUACUGGAUAGCCUCGGACUCCUACCUUGGGGAUCAGGUGAAAUCGUACGGAGGUAAGCUUCAGUUUAAGGUGUACUAUGUCACUCCCAGAGGAAAUGAGACCAGGCUCCCCAGUGGACCAGACGUCAUCCUGAAGGGAGGGAAUAUGACUCUGCACCACCGAUACUCUGACAUCCCAGAGGCCACCACCACCAAACCUGUGGAGAUCCGACUUAAUGAGUAUAACUUUGUCCGAGCUGAGGAUGGACUUGGGGUAUCCAGGGAAACCUUUAUGAUGGUCCUGGUGGAUGUCACAGCUCUACACAUCCGGGCCAACUACUUCACCCCCACCACAGAGGCCAGGCUGAUGGACGUUCAGUUAGACCAGGCUGUGGAGAGACAGGAGGAAGGGACGACGGAUGAGGACGGAGGAGAUGGAGGAUUUUUUGGAUUCUUUUUUGGUGGAAGCGAUCAAACCACUCCUGCGCCGGCCCCCCUGGCCCGCAGCGUGGAGCAGUGUCAGUGUCCAAUGGGAUAUGUAGGCUCCAGUUGUCAGGACUGUGCCCCAGGGUACUACCGUUCCUCUAAGACUCCGUACCUCGGCGUGUGUAUUCCGUGUAAUUGUAAUGGUCACUCAGACACUUGUGACAAAGAGACAGGGGAAUGUCAGAGUUGCCGAGAUAAUACAAUGGGGAAACAUUGUGGAGAAUGUUUACCUGGUUACUAUGGUGAUCCUAUGACAGGUGGUUGUCAGAUUUGUAGCUGUCCAAUGCCCAUCGAGAGCAACAACUUUGCCACUGGUUGUAAUGUGUAUGAGGGCACGGUGUACUCCUGUGACUGUCUGCCGGGCUACACAGGCUCACGCUGUGAACAGUGUGCCCCUGGUUACUAUGGUGACCCGACCGUUGAAGGCGAGGUGUGUCGUCCGUGCCAGUGCUCGGGUAACAUUGACAUGUCUGACCCCGAGGCCUGUAGUCUGUCUACAGGGGAGUGUCUAAAGUGUCUAAACAACACCAUGGGGCCGGCGUGUGCCUACUGCCAGGACUGGUACCACGGCGACGCUGUCAACCUCAAAAACUGUCAAGCUUGUACUUGUGAUCAGUGUGGCUCCUCGUCGUGUGACAGGGACACGGGGACUUGUCAAUGUCUGCCCAAUGUAGAGGGCCCCGACUGUGACAGGUGUAAGGCUGACACGUUUGGAUUUGACAGCUGUGCUGGCUGUCAGGAGUGUAACUGUGGUGCGGCCUCAGUGAGCUCUCAGUGUGAUGACGUCACGGGUCAGUGCACAUGUCAACCCGGGACAGAUGGGCGGUAUUGUGAUCAGUGUAGUGAGGGGUACUGGAACUACACCGCAGCAGGAUGCCAGGCUUGUCAGUGUGAAGAAGAUGGGGCCAUUACCUGUGACAGGGUGACAGGUAGAUGUCAGUGUUUACCUGGGGUUACAGGAGAUAGGUGUGACAGGUGUUUACCCAGGUAUAUCCUCGUGGCCAACAAAGGAUGUCAAGCCUGUGACAACUGUAUUCAUAUUCUGCUGGAUGAUGUGGAGGCCCUCCAGAGAAAUAUCACUGGCCUGUCCUCUACCCUGGAAUCCGUGUCUGUAGGGAUGACCGCUAACAAUCGACUAGAGGAGAUCAACCAGGCAGCCAUCAACCUCAGGCCCGAGGUGGAUGCUCUGUUAGCAGGACCACAGGACGUCUCUUUGGAUCCACUGUCCAUAGAACUGACCGCUAUACAAGCUCUGGCCGACAAUGGAAAGCUCAAGUCUGACAGAUUGAUAACACAGGGACAGUUUCUGACCGAUGAGACGGUGCAGCUUGUCUCCGCGGCGAACGACAUCGAGGCCAAGACGACGGAGGUCAAACGGGAGACAGAUGAUGUUGUCCAGUAUGCCCAGAACAUCCUGAGGCAGAUCCUUGAAGGAAUCAAGGUCACCAACAUUGAAACCAUCAUCCAGGACUCCAUGAGAAUCCUAGAAAAGAUAAACUCCAGGAAUUUUACCGGUAACACUGAGGAGUGCAAUACAGAGGAAGAUUUAGCCAGAGAGUUGCUGGCUAAGAUGCGUUUCCUGUUUGCGUCUGGACAAAGACAAUCCAAUGAAACAGCAGAGACACUUAAAGAGGUCAAGGACAUUAGUAUGAGGUUGUACGACCUUCAGAGUAAAACCCAGAACUCGGACAGAGAGGCUGACGCCGCAGAGGAACUGAUCAAAGAACUCAACCAGGAAACUCUCAGCUUACUACAGAUUCGACUGGGAGGCAUAGAUAUGUCCAAUAAGGACAUCAAAAUUUUACAUUCCAUGUCUGACGGACUUCUGGCGGACGCGAGGAAUGCCCUGGACAAAUCUAGGAAGGAGGCCAGUAAGGCAGAGGUUCAUGCUUCUCAGAUUGAUAAUGCUGUGGUGACGAUGAGGGAAUUUGUUGGAAAUUUGAGCAAUGGCCUUGAGGAAGCCAUUACCAAGGUCAACGAGAGUCAGGAACAUGCCCAGGCUCUGUCAGAUCAAGCCCACUUCCUAGAAAAUAUUUACACAGACACCAGGGAAACCUCUGCCAAUGCACUGAGUGCAGCAAGUGCCUUCCAACAGAUUGUGGACGCCAUUGAUGAUGCCAACAAUGCCUCCAGUACGGCCCUAGACGCCGCCAAUAAGGCCCUGGGCAAGUCCAAUGGAGUUGGUGAGAAUUCAGAGAACUCGAAGAAUAUCAGCAUUGCUUUACUGGAGUCUGCCAAAGCUCUCUAUGAUACAACAGAAGUGGCUCUGGCAGGAAGGUUACAGGAUGCUAAACUGUCAACAGAUGAAGUGGAGGGAAUGAAUGACAGACUCAGUAACGAGAUUAACGACCUCAACAUCAGGAUCCAGGAUUUUAGCAGAAGGCAAUUUGGAAAUCGAACAAGAGAUGCCAGUAACCAGGCAACAGGAGCUGGGCAGCGGGCUCUGAGUGCCCAGGAAAAAGUGGGCACGAUUCUGAGUAAGCUCCCAGAAGACAAGAACAAGAUUGACAGACUGGCCAACACCGUAGCCAAGACAGACAAGAGCAUCAAGGACGCCAGAAGUCAAGGAGACUUUGUUAGGGACAAAUUACCCCAGGUGAUAACCCAAAUUAACCUGCUUGGUACGAGGAAUAAAUCUGUUCAGGCCUUGCAACAGGGUGUAGCUGUCAAUCUUACUCUCCUCAAAGAACGAAUAGAGCUCGCUAGGGAUGCUGCCAACAGGAUCCGUGUUGGACUGGACUUUCUCGGGAACACCACGGCAACCCUGCGUAACCCUGCCAACAUUGACUCGGCGGGCUCCUAUUCUACUCUGUCAAUGUACGUACAGACGCGACAGAAGAGAGCUAUCCUGGCUUAUGUAGGGGCCGACCUGAUUCCAAACCGAGGCACACCAGACUACAUGGCCCUGGAGCUGAGGAAUGGAUAUCCAGUUCUGAGAUAUAACCUAGGAUCUGGUCCGGCUGAGAUUGUUUCAACUCGAGAUGUCUCAGACGGUAACUGGUAUCUCAUCAAGGCUAAGAGGAUUGGCAAGUCUGGAGAGUUGGUGGUGGAGGGAGACAGGGAUAAGGGUCUAUCCCCAGUCACAAGCACCGGGGAGUCAUCAGGGACCUUCACUGUACUGGAGCUCAACCCCCAGACCACCAAGUUCUACGUGGGAGGGGUCCCUAGUGAUAUCAGAUUACCUGGUGAGGUGGAGUCGUCGUUCUAUGAAGGUGUUAUGGAGGAGGUGAUGUUUGAUGGCAAACCAUUAGGACUGUGGAACUUUGUCGCUGGAGAAAACAACUUUAAGGGAGCCAUUGAGAGAGAUGUUAUGCAGUCGGUUAUUUCAAAUGGCUUCCGGUUUAACGGUAGAGGUUAUGUAAAAUUGAGUGUGUCUAAGGUCAACUUCAAACCACGCACAGAUUCCAGCCUCAUCCUGCACUUUAAGACGUACGUGGAUACAGGACUGCUGUUUUACAUGGGUAAGACUCCCGACUUCAUGUCCCUGGAGCUGAAGAAGGGCCGCGUGUUGUUCCAGUACGACCUCGGGGGCAGCAGGAGAGCCGAGCUGAUGACAAACAAGACGUUUAACGAUGGAGAGUGGCACAAGAUCCAGGCCCAGCGACAGAACCAGUAUGGGGUACUUACCGUGGACGAUGAAGAAGACAUCAGAGGCCAGUCUCCGGGAAGCAUGACAGAGUUGAGCUUUACUGACGACAUGUUUAUUGGAGGCUACAAUAGAAUCUUCCUUCCCAUGAGUAAUGUUACUUCCCGGGGAUUUGAUGGUUGUAUACAAGAUCUACAAUUUAAUAUCAACAAAUGGGAUCUAAACAAGAAUGAGGCGGCCAAAGGGGUAGUCCGAGGAUGUCCAGAACAGAUCUUGAGAACUGCUACAUUUGACCAAGAUGGUGGAUAUAUUGCCAGAGCCAUGGCCAAUAGUGUUGGCGAAAAUUUUGAUGUGACGUUUAGGAUUAAGACCAAAUCUGAUUCCAGUAUGAUCCUGUAUACUUCCAACAAUGACCAGACCUCUGGAUUCUCAGUGGCCAUUGUGGGAGGUCGUUUGAUCGUGACCUCUCACCCUGGUGGUGACCCAACAGUUCUGGAGAGCACAGUCAACACGUACAAUGAUGGAAACUGGCACUAUGUCUCCAUUAUGAAAAUGGGAGGAAAGUUGAUGAUGAAUAUUGAUGACCAGGAAAUGGUCAAUAAGACUGGCCGGUCAGGUACUGCUGUAUUUACAGAGCGCCCCCUGUAUAUUGGAGGGACGGACUUCACUAUGUCUGAUAGCCUAGUAUCAUCCACAGCCAGGUUCACUGGAUGUGUCUCCGAUUUUACAGUCAAUGGAGUAUUCCUGAACUUUGCCACCGUUCCGCGACAGAAUGUGCGAGGCGUCUCGUUCAGUGAGUGUCCUAUUGAGGACUCUGAGACUCCCAUUGCCAGGACAACUGUCCGCCCUACAUUCCCCCCAGAAAGUGAAGAGAGAUCCACCACUGCACCGGUGCCUGUGGAGGAGAAGUGCCGCUUACCCUCCAAUGUGGAUGUAGCUACAAUUACCCCCGGAGAUGUGGAGGGCAUCAAGUUUGGAGACACCUAUACCAGUCGUUACGAAUAUACCAGUUGGAAGAGUCUACGAGUCCAGUUUACAAUCUCACUAGAGUUUAAGACAACCAGCAGUGGAGGAAUUAUACUGUACGCCGUCGGCAGGAGAAAGAUAGACUUUUUUGCCCUCACUAUGAAGGAAGGACGUCUGAUCUUCUCUUUUGACUGUGGCUCUAGGGCUCUGAAUCUGGAAACGGACAAAACCUACAAUGAUGGUCUAUGGCAUACGGUAGACAUUGGUAGAGUUCAGAAAACGGGCAAAAUUUCCGUGGAUGGAGAAACUCCGAAGGAGGGAGUAUCCCCCGGGGCUACGCAGGCACUGAAUGUUGGAAGACCCUACUUUUUGGGGGGUAUAACUCCCCAGCUUCAGGGACAUGAUAAAGUCAAGGGACACCUACAGGGUGUUUUGGGCAGUUUUGAUGGAUGUAUCCGUAACAUGAAAAUUAAUGAGAAUAGCUUCGGAGACCCGGUGAGGGAACAGAAGGUCAGUCAGUGUGUAGCUAACCUAGAGCGGGGAACCUUCUUCAAUGACCAGGGAGGAUACAUCAAUAUGAUUGAUGACUAUGAAGUGGGUCUUGACUUUGCAUUUAACCUUGACAUCCGGCCCAGAAAUCUGAGUGGUGUCCUGUUGGCGGUGCACAGCUCCAAUAAGAGUGACGAUUUUAUCCUCUUGCAGUUAGUGGAUGGAAAGGUUAUUGCAACUGCUGACAAUGGUAAAGGGGAGGUAACCACCACAUACAUCCCCCGCCAGGAGAACGCACUGUGUGAUGGAGGAUGGCAUAAAAUCAGCGUGAACAAGGCUAAGAAUCUCCUGUUGCUGACAGUGGAUGGAAUGAAUGCUCCAGCUGGAACCGGGGCAAGAGGAUCCUCGGAGAUUAAUUCCCGCGACCCGUUAUAUAUUGGCGGAGUUCCAGAUUUUAACCGGCGUGGUAUUUUGGUUGACAGAAAUUUUUCAGGAUGUAUGCGUAACUUUGAGAUCAGACGUGGUAAAGAUGACACUUACCAACCAAAAUACUUCUCAGGAGCUAAGGAUAUAGUGGGAGAUAUAACACUCAACAAGUGUCCGCUAAACUAAACUCAAAAACCAUAACAUUCAAGGGGAUUUGUUAAACUAAACUCAAAAACUAAUCUCAAAUGUGCAAUAUUUAAGACAACAGCAUUUUUUGCUUAAUAACAGGGUAAUUUUUACUGAGAUUCAAGUUCACUUAAAAGACUUCAAUAACGCAAAAAAAAAAAAAACAAGUUUUUGCUAGAAAGGUUCACUUCUUAUUAAAAUUUAUCAUUUGAUCUGUAUUUAGGUUAAGGAUAGAGUUUCCUGAUCAUUGUACAAUGAACCAUGAACAUCACAUGAAUGUACAGUUUAUGUAUCCUGAUCUUGCAAUAUUAGUAUAAAUGAAAUAUUAUUGUGGAAAAAAAAUGUUUGGCUUAAUUGUUUAAAAGAUACAUGAAUUUGGACAUAUUCUUAAGGUAAUCAAGAGAACUUUAUUUCUAGCAAAUUUUUUUUUACUUUUCAAAUAAAAGUUAAAAACUAUAUUUUGCUGAACAAAAGAUUUGACAGAAUAAUCUUUUUAUUUUUAUUUCCAAGGUUGAUAAUUCAAAUCUGGAAUUUUUAUAUACAUUUAUGUAUUUUUAAGCCAUAUGCCAUCUUCUUAGAAAUCCUUUUUAAUUAAAAAAAAAAACGUUUCUUUGUAUUUUUAUUUAGAGACUUUUAAAAACAUUUUAUCA